GGCCGGGAUUCCCAGGGUCGUGAGCAAGCGGUGUGGUGUCCACAGCGGCUGUCAUGGUUCGUCCGCUAAACUGUAUCGUCGCUGUGUCCCAGAACAUGGGCAUCGGCAAGAACGGGGACCUGCCCUGGCCGCCGCUCAGGAAUGAAUUCAAGUAUUUCCAAAGGAUGACCACAACCUCAUCCGUAGAAGGUAAACAGAAUUUGGUGAUUAUGGGUAGAAAGACAUGGUUCUCUAUUCCGGAGAAGAAUCGACCUUUAAAGGACAGAAUUAACAUAGUUCUCAGUAGAGACCUCAAGGAACCUCCACAAGGAGCUCAUUUUCUUGCCAAAAGUCUGGAUGAUGCCUUAGAACUGACUGAGCAACCAGAAUUAGCACAUAAAGUGGACAUGGUUUGGGUAGUGGGAGGCAGUUCUGUUUAUAAGGAAGCCAUGAACAGGCCAGGCCACGUUAGACUAUUUGUGACAAGGAUUAUGCAGGAGUUUGAAAGUGACACAUUUUUUCCAGAAAUUGAUUUGGAGAAAUAUAAACUUCUCCCAGAAUACCCAGGUGUUCUUUCUGAUAUCCAGGAGGAGAAAAGCAUUAAGUACAAAUUUGAAGUAUAUGAGAAGAACAAUUAAUGUGAAGGUGUUUUCUGGUUUAUUUCAAGUUAGUUCCCCCUCCCCUCCAAUUACAUAUUUUUUAAUAUUAGAAAAAAAGACUUUUGUGACUUUAGGUCAAUGGCUAAUUAUUUGUAAGCAAUGAGAUUUUAUAAACUAAUCUUAUGUAGACUAUAGUUAAGAUUAGUCUUAACUAUUCCAUAUCAGGUGACCAUUUAUGAAACCUUUUUUGCUGUAGCUGUAUGAUGCCCAUCAAGGACCAGCACCUGCCUACGGUAGCAUAUCUUUCAAAAACCAAAGUUGAAAAAAUUCCCCGAGAACAUGAGUUGAAACUAGGACCUAUAGAGAUAGAACUAGACAGAUUUGUCCAAAGGUCAGACAUGGAUUAUAAACAGAAGAGAUAGAACUCAGAUAUUAAAAGAAAAUUAAAAUAGA